CCUGUCGGCCGCCCUGGCCCGGGCUCCGAGUCCAGCUCCCGGCACAGCCCCUGGGUCCCCUCUACCGCCGUCGUCUCCGUCGCAGCCAGGUGAUGAGCCCUGCCACAUACCACUGCAUCCCCUAGCCUGGGGCUCUUGCUGAAUGAGGGGCCUUCCCUGAGAAGCCCUGUUUGUGUUCAUUAUUUCCCACGGUCACCAGUCCUGCCAUGGACCCUAGUGGUGAAGGGGAGGAGCAGAUACCUGAAGAAGAAGCCUCAGGCCCUGGCCCUGGGGGAGCCAUGGGAACCGGAAUCCAAGAGAAUGCUAAGAGUGGUCCUCGGAGUCUGGCCUAUGGCAAGGUUGAACCCAAGAAAUAUGCAGUCACUGAUGAUUAUAAGCUGUCCAAACAAGUGCUGGGCCUGGGUGUGAAUGGAAAAGUCUUGGAAUGCUUCCACAGGGUGACAGGCCAGAAGUGUGCACUGAAGCUCCUGUAUGACAGUCCCAAAGCCCGACAGGAAGUGGAGCAUCACUGGCAGGCCUCGGGUGGACCCCACAUUGUGCGCAUUGUGGACGUGUAUGAAAACAUGCACCAUAAUAAGAGGUGUCUCCUUAUUGUCAUGGAAUGCAUGGAAGGUGGUGAGCUUUUUAGCAGAAUCCAGGAGCGAGGCGACCAGGCUUUCACCGAGAGAGAGGCCUCGGAGAUCAUGAGGGACAUUGGUACAGCCAUCCAGUACCUGCAUGCCAUGAACAUUGCCCACAGGGAUGUCAAGCCAGAAAACCUGCUCUAUACCUCCAAAGGGCAAGACUCGGUGCUUAAGCUCACAGACUUUGGGUUUGCCAAGGAGACCACUCAGAAUGCCCUCCAGACGCCCUGCUACACACCCUAUUAUGUGGCCCCUGAAGUUCUGGGUCCUGAGAAGUAUGACAAGUCAUGUGACAUGUGGUCGCUCGGGGUUAUCAUGUACAUCCUUCUCUGUGGCUUCCCUCCAUUCUACUCCAAUACUGGCCAGGCCAUUUCUCCUGGAAUGAAGAGAAGAAUUCGAAUGGGACAGUAUGGAUUUCCCAAUCCUGAGUGGUCUGAUGUCUCAGAAGAAGCCAAGCAGCUGAUCCGACUUUUGCUAAAGACAGAACCUACAGAAAGAAUGACCAUUGCUCAGUUCAUGAACCAUCCUUGGAUUAAUCAAUCAAUGGUGGUUCCGCAGACCCCUCUUCAUACUGCUCGAGUACUGCAGGAAGACAAAGAUCACUGGGAUGAAGUGAAGCUAGGUUCAUAUGAAUCCACAAUUCAAGGCCUUGGCUUAACAGGUCCAUGCUGCCUACCUCCUGACAGAGAAGUGAUGGGCUCCGGGUGCAGAUUGAGACUUUUUUGGGAAGAGAUGACCAGUGCCCUGGCCACCAUGCGGGUAGAUUAUGAUCAGGUGAAAAUCAAAGACUUGAAAACUUCUAACAACCGACUCCUUAACAAACGGCGAAAGAAGCAGGCUGGUGGUUCCACAUCCUCUACAGGCUGCAACAACCAGUAGAAGAAGAGAGAGACCUGAGGACUUAGGGGCCAGUGGGCAGUGAGUGGGGCUUGGCAGCCCAGCUCCCAGCUUCAUACUCCCCCAUCACUUGGGGCAUGACUCAGGCUGGGCCUGCCAGGCAGGAGCAGAGCAAGGACAGAUUCAGGUUUUUGCCAAGACUCAGGACUAUUAGGGUUGAGGUCAUUUGGCCUUUUACAUGAAAAGGGGUUGUUUUGUUUUAACAAAGUGAGACAUUGGACCUGAAAACCGUGACCAUGGCAACGGCGAUGAUACAUGCCAUAUACCAAGGCAAGAGAGAGGGUUUGCCAAAGUUUUUAGUUGAUCUUUUCUGUGCACAGCAGAAGGAGUUAGCUCUUUGGGGGGGGGGGGGGGCUGAAUAUUCUCACGUUAGUGCCUCCAUUACUCCCCAGGUAUCCCCUCAAGGAGAGUGGUACCUACUUGUCUAUUUGAAAUAACUUUGCAAAGCAAAAUGCCCUGAGGAGCUGGAGCUAAUCAAGAGGUGGCUUUGUUUUUCUUUUCUCUUUCUCUCUCACUUUACUUUUCUAAGUUUUCCUAACUAUACUGACUUUUCAGGACUGUUCCCAUAUGGAUUCUCCACUUUGGAAGCUAGAGUUCCAAAUCCAUAGUUGUUCAAUCCCUUUCCCUGUGUGCUCACUUCUUCCACCUGCCAUGAAGAUGAGGAGUUGACAGAUGGAACAGGGACCUAGGCUGCAUGAUGGCCCCAGACCAGAGUUGACAACCUUCUGCAGUGACUGAGAGGCAGCACACAUGCAGCCUUCCGAGACCCCUGAAUUCUGAAUGGGUGAUCACUUUCCUGUCCCUCUCUGUUUCCUUUCUUUUUCUGUCCCUUCUUCCCCCUUUUCUCUAUUUUCUCUUUCUCUCUUAAAAAAAAAAAAAACUUUGCAGAAUUUCCCUUCGGGCCAUGCUCAUUCUCUUCAAAUUGUUCACACUGCUGGGUGGGGAGUGAAGAAGGUGGUGGGUGUUGUGUGGGGAAGGAAGGCUGCUUGCUUUUCCUGUUGUGUCUCUGAGGCCUAGCCAGCCCAACCUGUCCCAAAGGACACUUUCAGCUAGAAGAGACUCUAAGAGAGGAGGCCACCAUUGUAGCCCUCUUGCCUUACUCUAGUCCCAUCUUGAGUGUUGUGGGUUUACCAGGCUAAACUAAACCUGUGUUCUGGGGCUUUCCUGAUCUUUGUCUCUGUAUCUGAAAGGUGGGGCUGGGAUGAAGGGGAUUCUUAGGUGGGCUUGGAGAUCAGCCUGGGUGUGAAGGAUGCUUUUAAUUCAUUCCAACUUUGCCAAAUGUCACUGUGACAAAAUACCAGCUAAAUUCCUAUGUCUUAACCAAACCCAGGGAGAAAACUGACUAUCUGUUUUCUAUGCAUAUGUAUGUAAAUUUGGUUUUUAUCCUGUCCUUACUCAGGCCCUUGUUUAGACUGGAAGAUGACAUUAUCUUCUUGUGCACUGAUGUGUGUGUGUGUGUGUGUGUGUGUGUGUGUGUGUGUGUGUGUGCAUGUAUAUGGGGGGGGGGAGGUGGUGUGGGUUGGGACAUCCUGCUCUGUUUUAAUCAGGUGGUGCCUUUUCUGAAUUAAAAGUUUGGCUUAUGGCCAAAGGGCCUGUUAAUUAAAUUUUCAGGAAAGUUUGAAGGGCUCAGCCUGGGCUUCCAGGGGAUAGGGGUGUGGUUUGGCUCCCUGGGCCAGAGGACCUCUGAGUGAGGACACAGGAAGUCUGCCCUGGACUUGUUGCUGGGAAGUUUCAGGUAGAUGGGUGUGAUCUGGAGCCCUUUUCCUGGCCUCAGGCCCCCUCAGGUUAGAAAACACCUACCAGCUCCUUGUCAAAAAGCCAUUGGGAGUUCUGCCUACUGAUUUCUAUUAAAUUGUGUUUUAGCAUUUUC